GUCUGCACGAUGGCUGCCAUGAUGUUGGGCGUCUGCGGGCUGUCCGUGGAGUCGUUGCAGGAGUGCCUCGACGGCAAGCGCGUGGAGCCGAACCCGCCCUCCUGCGAGGCGUACACGACCCGACUCGAUUGCUACGCCUCACCGUCCGACCUGGAG